AUGGCAAGAUACCUGGCAAAAACGAAGGAGCUCAUGGCUUCCUUUGAUAACGUCACGCUCAACGACGUCCAUAGAGGCAAAAAUCAGAUAGCAGAUGCCCUCAGCAAACUCGCCACCUCAGGCAUGGAAAAAGAAGUCAAAGUUGAGACGCUACAGGCACCAUCAAUCGAACCACGGAAUGUUUCCGCCGUCACAACGGAAGAACCAUGCUGGUACACCCCAGUACUAAAAUUCCUCAUCAAUGGGGACUUACCUUCCGCUAGGGGCGAAGCACAAAAGGUACAAACAAAGGCAUUGCAUUAUGAAGUCAAUAACGGCGUCCUGUAUAGAAAGUCAUACUUGGGGCCACUUUUGCGGUGCGUCUCUCCAACAGAAGCAAAGUACCUGAUCAGCGAGAUUCAUUCAGGUUUAUGUGGCAUUCACGCCGGACCUCGGGCAGUAGUGGCCAAAAUCCAUAACGUCGGGUACUAUUGGCCCGGGAUGCACGAAGACGCCGUAGUAGAACUCAGGAAAUGCCGUAGCUGCCAAAAAUUUGCUCCCCAAACACUCAGGCCCAAGAACAACUUAAUACCGGUUACAGCGGCAUGA